GCCCCGGUACAAAGCAUGGCGCCCGCGCGGUCACGUGAGGAAAGAGGUACUGUCACGUGCUGCUACUGGGGUCACGUGCGCAGCCACCGGUGGUCGUGUCCGCGUGCGGAGCGGGACGGUGCGAUGGGGACGGGGCCGCCGCUGCUGCUGCUGCUCCUCUGCCUCCUCUCGCUUCUGCCGCCGGUCCGCGCUGUGCCCGCCGCCCGCCCGGCGGGGCCCGGCCUGGAGGAGCGGCGCUUCUUGCAGGUGCGGGACCACUUCCGCUUCGAGGCCGGCGGCAACGAGACGUUCCCGCAGCGGUUCCUGCUCUCAGCAAAGUUCUGGAAGAAAGGGUUUGGACCGAUUUUUUUCUACACUGGCAAUGAAGGUGACAUCUGGACUUUUGCUGAGAACUCAGACUUCAUAUUUGAAUUAGCAGAGCAGCAACAAGCUCUUGUGAUUUUUGCCGAGCAUAGGUACUAUGGAAAAUCUCUUCCGUUUGGACUUGAGUCAAUGCAGCUAAAGAAUAUUCAUCUACUCACCGUGGAACAAGCCCUCGCUGACUACGCAGUGCUAAUUACUGAGCUUAAGCAGCAGUAUGGAGCUGUGGGCUGCCCUGUCAUUGCUUUUGGAGGCAGCUAUGGAGGAAUGCUGAGUGCUUACAUGAGGAUGAAAUACCCAAACGUUGUGGAUGGGGCAUUAGCUGCCAGUGCUCCUGUGCUGUCUGUGGCUGGGCUUGGAGAUCCUGCUCAGUUCUUCAGAGAUGUAACAGCUGAUUUUCAGAAGUCCAUCCCAGGCUGUGUCACUGCUGUCCGAAGAGCCUUCCAGCAGAUCAGGGAUCUGUUCCUGAGUGGAGCUUAUGAUGAUAUCAGCAGCAAAAUGGCCACAUGCAACAAGAUUUCUAGCAAGGAGGAUGUUUACCAGCUUUUUGGUUUUGCUAGAAAUGCCUUCACCAUGAUUGCCAUGAUGAACUACCCCUACAAAACUGAUUUUAUGGGGCACCUCCCUGCUAAUCCAGUGAAGGUUGGCUGUGAACAAAUCCUUGCCCACACAGACCCAGUUCAAGGCCUGGCAGCUCUUGUUGGGGUGUUCUACAACUCCUCUGGCUCAGUGCAGUGCUAUGAUGUGUACCGGCUGUACCAGUUUUGUGCUGACCCCACGGGCUGCGGCACCGGCGCGGAUGCUGAGGCCUGGGACUACCAGGUGUGUACGGAGAUCAACUUAACUUUCAACAGCAACAACGUGACAGACAUGUUCCCUGAGAUGCCCUUCACAGAGGCCAUGAGAGAGCAGUACUGUUGGAGCCGAUGGCGUGUGAGGCCACGAGCACAGUGGCUGCAGAUCAACUUCUGGGGAGGAGACCUGCAAAGUGCAAGCAACAUCAUCUUUUCAAAUGGAGACUUGGACCCGUGGGCUGGAGGUGGGAUAAAUAGCAGCCUGAGUCCUUCACUGACUGCCGUGACCAUUCAGGGAGGUGCUCAUCACCUGGAUCUGCGGGGACACAACCAGGCUGACCCCCCAUCUGUCAUAGAGGCACGCAAGUUAGAAGCAAGUAUCAUCAGCAACUGGGUGAAAUCUGCAAGGGUGGAAAGAGCAUGAGAGCAACACUCCGGAGCACCAGCAGGGGGCUGGCAGUGAGUACACCCACGGGAGCCAUGCUCAGGUGCUGCCAGACUGCCUGAGGCUGCAGAGCUGUGCUGCUGGAGGUGUUGAGUCCUCUGCAGUACUAAUUCAAGCAGCAGAAGAAAACAAAAAGGCUAAAUUACUGACUGAAGUAAAAACUGUGUUGUAUGGGUUUCAUGCUCACCUGCUCAUCACAAGAAGGUACUUGGAAUGGUGGAAAGAAUAAAAUUUUCCUGAAGGUCCAGGAGU